AUGUUUCAGUACAUCAUCGGCCUCGUAGCCGCUUUUCUCGUCUUUUCAAAUCCCAUCAGCGACUUCCUUUACCCAGACCGUGCCACCCGCAUUAACGAGCUCUCACCACGUCCACAGUUCAAUGAGUCGCUGCUAGCUAUUGAUGCGCCGAAUGCGACAGCACCUGAAUGUGUGCAAGAUGGAUACAUAGCUAGAAUCGUGAGCAGAGAGCCUCUGAUUGUCUAUCUUGAGGGGUUCUUGAGUCCAGAGGAGAGGAGCCAUUUGCUGGAGAUAAGCGAACCAAUCUUCGUCCCUUCAACAGUCACCAACAACGGCGAAGCCACGCACCGCGACUCCUCAGUCCGCGACUCUUACGUCGCCGUCAUCCCCAGAAGUGACCCCGUUCGCUGCAUCGAGGCCCGCGCCCGCGCCCUGCAAGGCUGGCGCCCUGAGCUCUGGAUCGAGCGCAUGAGGACGCAGCGUUACGGCCCCGGCGGUUACUACAACCACCACUACGACUGGAGCUCCAACGUGCGCGGAUGGGGCCGCGUGAGCAGCCUGAUGGCGUGGGUCGAGGGCUCUGAUAAUCUCAAAGGGGGCGGUACCGAGUUUCCCCUGAUUACGAGGCCUGUGGAGAAGACGUGGUGUCGGUUCAUUGAGUGUGCGGAGGAUGGACAGGACGAGGGUGAGGGUGGUGAGACGGGCGUGGUGUUCAAGGUUGUGCCGGGGAAUGCGGUGUAUUGGGAGAAUUUUGCGGCGGAUGGGAGAGGGUAUGAGCAGACGUGGCAUGCUGGAUUGCCUGUGCAUGAGGGGACCAAGACUGGGUUGAAUAUUUGGAGUUUUGGGAAAAUUUGA